UGCGGCUGCUGGAGAGAUAGGCAGAGAGGCAGAGAGGCUGUGGUGAACAGACGCUGGGUCAGAGCGCUCAGUUGCUUCAGACAAUCACAGGGGAGCGAGAGACAGACACAGGAAAAGAGACACAGAGAGAGAGACCACAUAGAAAGAUAGAUUGAAAAGAGAGAAAAGGGAGGGAGAGACAGGGGAGGGAGGUAAAUAUGUGACAGGAUGUGGUUUCCCUGAGCUUGCAGAACAUCGUUAUACAGGCAUACUUUGAGCAUGACCUAAACACACCGAGCUUACAAGUGUGUUUGAGCUCCGUUAGGUGGCAAGGGGGAAGACGAAGCAAACCGCUGGAGCUGCUGCUGCUGCUGCUGCUGAGUCUGUAGACGCUCUGGUUUCUCUGUUGCCUGCCGGAGGAUUGGGUUUCCUUUAAGCCAGCGAGCUCCACAACAACCUCAGUCAGUGUAUCGGACAGGAUCUGAGCCCGUCCUCCAUCCUCCUUCCAAGUAGAAUGCGUUUCUCUGCUGGAAGCUCUGGUCCAGUUGCUGCCUUCGUGUCCAAGCAGUGAACUUUUCAACGUGAUUUGUGAAACAGGGUCCGUGAACAGAGAGACACACACACUGUGGAGCCAUGGGCUGCGGGCUGCGUAAGAUGAAGCCGACGUCGGAGGAGAAUAGUCCGGGGAAGAUCUACUCCACCCUGAAGAGACCACAGGUGGAGACGAAGGUGGGCGUGGCCUACACCUACCGCUACCUGGAUUUCCUCAUUGGCAAAGAUGGUGGGACGUCCACGCUGCGUCUCUCGUCGGUGCGGGAGCUGCCCGACCAGCUGCAGGACCUUUACCAGCAGGGUUUUGUUUUGGCAUCUUUUCACCCGUUCAUCCAGCCCUGUGGUCCAGAGUCCAACAGCCCACAGCACCAGCUCUACCGGGCAAUACUGAUCCGACUCAACGACGGGGUGGAAAGGAGCCAGCCUAUCUGCCCGCCAUACAAACUACAGCUGGAAGAGUGUCUGUCUGCUGAGCAGGUGCCCACCGCAGAGCUCAUCCAGGGCUACGUCAAGAAGCAAAUCCAGGAUGCGGCUGACCAGGGGGUGAUGUUCGUGGGAUUUGUCCAGGAACCCUAUGGGGCCCCAUGCACCAGGAUCAGAGAACCAGACACCCCCUCCUUUUCCCUGCACUCCAGCCCCAGCUCUGUGCUCGGUUCCCUGGGCAGCUGUAGCCCCUCGAACCCCUCAAGCCCCAUUAACCACGCAGCACCUGGAACUGAAGCCGAUGUAGUGGACAAAGAGGCCAAUGAGGAGGCUUCAUGCGAGGCUGGGGAAGGAGCACCGGGUGGGGAGAAGAAUCAUGGUGAGAACACUGGGAACCGUUCAGGGAGCGGGAUGGAGGGCAGUCAGGGCGUGGUCUCGCCUGUGGCGUCUCCAAUACCAGAGGAAGAUCUGGAGCAGAGUGAGGAGCUGACGGAGGAGGAGUCGCCGUGUCACAAUAACAACAAAGACAGAGAUGCAAAGGAGAGGCCAAGAUACCGCCAGCGGAGGGGCCACGGGGUGGAACUGCUCGCUUUGUACAACCACCCGCCAGUCCGAGAGGGCCAGGUGAAGUACUACACUGUAAAGGUGCCACUGAGGGUUCAAAACUGUGAUGAGGGGGUCAAAGGCGUGGAGGCCAACUGGCUGGAUCACAUGACCCAGCACUUCAACAAUGGAGCCUCACUAGUCGAUGGAUACUUCCACCUGGGCAACGUGAACGAUAUGCUGCCUAAGUCGGUGGAAAGUGUCUUCAUCUUCCAGGAGGCGAGCGAGGGCGAGCCGAACGGGGCAACCCCGACAUACGAUGCCAUAGUGGUGGAGCAAUGGACUGUCAUUAAUGGUUUGCAGGUGAAGGCAGAUUAUGUUCCUCUGCUACAGUCCCUGGCCACUUAUGGAUGGAGGCUCACCUGUGUGCUGCCAACUCCUGUAAUCAAGACUAACAGUGAUGGAAGUUUGUCCACCAAACAGAUUGUGUUCCUGCAGAGACCUGUCUUGGGCCGAAAGAGGAGGGAAUCCAAGAAAUUGAUCUUCAAGCCCCGAAGCAAGUCCAACAAGAACUGCAUCAAAGACACGGCAAAGAACAAGAAGAAGAAGAAAACAAAAAUUGAGAUUCUUGAUGACAGAGAAACGGUUGAGAAAGAGGAAGAGAAGAAGAGUAAGGAUGAAAAAGGGAACGCAACAGAUGUAGAGGCAGCAAGAGAAAGUGAGACGUCGAAAGAAAGGGAAAUGAGGUGUGAGGAAAAUAGAAUGAUUGAUGAUGGGAUUGAAAUCAGCAUAGAGACUGUUGAAAAGAAAGAUGGAGGAGCAGAGACAGAGGACAAGGGAGCAGAAAACCACACAGAAGAAGAGGGAGAAGAAAAGAUAACACUGGAUGAAGAGGGAACAAAAGAGAACGGAGAGCCUUUCGAAAACGGAGAGGUCCAGGAAGCGACGGAAAUCGUUGCGACUGUCGAAACACAGAGCGAGACCAAAGAAAAGGACGAGGGCGUAGCAGAAGUCGUAAUCGAAAACGGGGUCGAGACGGAUGAGGAGAAAGACAAGGGCGAAGAGACUGCGAUCAAGUGCAAGACAGAAGAACCAGCAGGCGUGGAGGUCAAUGCGAAGGAGAUCGUGGCAGACUCACAGGCCACGCCGACUAAUCAAAGCCCAGAGGAGACUCUAGAGUAACCCCAAGUAGUCCAAGUCAAGGUUUUCCCCCACCCUACCUCUCUACUCCCCAUCUUAAGAACUGGUUCACAGUGUCGUCCCUGAUCCAAAUUAAAGGGGCUUCGAUCCCCAUCGCUGCAGCAUUCUCCAAACCUACCAUCUUUCAUAGACAAUUCCCCCGCAACCUGCCAUAUUGUAGCUACAGAGCGAUUUCAUGUAACUGCAGACAUCAGCCCUACUGUAUAACCACGCAUACUGAAUGUAUAUAUCCAUAACAGGAGAUGUUGUUGCAGGAUAGACAAUGUGGAGACACUGGAAUAUCUGGAUGAGGAUCGACAGGGGCUUGAAUAUUUUGAACGAUGCCACGAUCAGAUUGGGAGCGUUUUCCUGUUUCUUAAGAAAAAUGAGAAACAGUUUAAAGGCCUGGUCACAUCGGUGAAAUUCCGCGGCAAAAAACAUUUCCUGUCAAUGGAAUCACAGAGAUUAGUGGGUUCGUUUGUCCUGGCGAAGUAAAUCUAUGUGAAUUUCUCACAACAAGUUUGAUAAAUUUGCACCCAUAGUAAGCCAUUAUAUUUUGUGUUAAACUUUGAGGGCACUGAGACUCGGAGAGCCAAAAUGGAGGAAGCUAUAGUAGCUUGUUAGCUGUGUUGCACAAUCUACUCUCUACUACCUCUGUCUGAAACUGCUCCACAAAAGAGGCAGACAGUUAUGAGACAGGAGUCAAGGCUACAAAUACGUCUUUUGAAUAAACUGUGUGAACUUAUGGUCCCGUUAGCGACCAAGAUAACUAGCUUGCUAACUGACAGUUAGCAUUUCAUUAUUGGAUGAAGUGGUGUACAAACCUGAAAACAAAAUGUGAGAGGGGAGUGACCGCCCCAGUAUAGAGAAGAUAAAAAGAAGCUUUUUAGCAUUUUUAGUUUUACCAACUAGCCUUGUAAAUAGUUCCUACAUCACCAAGCCUCUAAAUUAGACUGUGCCACUUUCUGGUGUGACCAGGACCUUAAGGGAGUAAGGAGCGUUACGUGAUUCUCAAUGCAAUGUAAUGUAAGGGUUAAUUAAAACAGCAGUGAUCAUGGAUCGAAGAGCGUUUAGGGUUUCCCCCUGAAAAGUUGUUUCGCCCGGUGGCAAUCGUUUUUUUUAUGAGGGCCCGGCAGGGGCCAGUUACAGACUGAUAGCAGCAUUAAUGUAGAGCCCAAUGGUUUCUGUGAUAACACAAUCAUGGACGGUAUCGCAAAAUUGAGAAUUUAAAAAAACUAUAAGACUAUAAGAUUCCAUAUGGCGCUAGAUUAAGUCAGUGCUAAAAGCUAACUGGACAUUUGAAGAUAUGACUGUCUAAGUUUCCAACCGAGCCGUAAAAAAAACUGUAACUUAAAAAAAAUAAAAACAUUACAUUAAAAAAUAAUUCCCAGUGGCUUAGGCCUGGUGGCUGGCAACUUAGACCCGGUGGCUAACAAUACACUGGGGGAAACACUGGCGUUCGCUGCUUGCUUUUGAAGAAUAGUAAUAGAGAAGCAUACGUUCUAAUAGUCGUACCCAGAUACUUGUACUGAGCAGCUUUUUUUUAGUUUGUGAAGCUAGGAAAAGACAAGUCAGCUCCAAAAUCCGAUGGGUAGUAUCUUGACAGGUCACAGUCCUCAUCCACACGACUGACAGGCUCAGAAAAGCAUCUUUAUGUGAUCACAGACUAUUACGGUUUCCCGUUCCUUCGUUCUGUGCACCAUAGUAAGUUGUGAGGUGGAUGGAACUUGGAAAACGCUGGUAGAGGUGAUGGGAAAGACGUUUGUUGCGACAGGCAAUCCAAAGUAGGGUGAAGAGAGAAUUGUUUACGCUGAGCUCUAAGCCGUCAAGUGCUUCAAAAAGAGCCAAUAAUCACUCUUUGGUGUGGUGUGCUACGCUCACCUUGCAUACAGAAUGUUCCAUAUUCAAAGCUGAGUCAGAUAAGGAUGUGAAAUUCAGCUGAAUGUUUGCAGCUCGGGGAGGGGGGGAGGGGGGGGGGAGAACUCUUAUUUAGAGGCACCUAGUUAGCUUUCACCUACAGAAGUGAGGAUUUAUUUCUGCACAAAGUUGCAUUUUUAAUUACAUCUCCAGUCAAAGGCCACCAACAAAAGCUCUCAUCAGUGUGGAGACGAGAAUAAGCUGUGUGGUCAGGACUGGGCCUUGUUGUUUACGGAGAGACCAAACCUAAAGAUUGAGAGAGAGAAAUUGAGACAUAGAAAGCCGUUGAGAGUGAAAGAGUAGGACCACCGAGCAUAAGAGAGUCAAAUAAAAGAAAUGAAUAGGCUCAUUUAAAGUUACAGCCGUUUGCGUUCCACAUUCCCUGUAGAGAUUUCCUUCAUUAUUUUACCUCCAGCUCUUUAAGCACCUCAUUUCAGACAUCAUUUCUGACAAUAACUGAGUCAUAAUGUGCUGUUUCAUGGCAUCAAGUGGCUUUCCAUUUUAAGAAAGAGGGAUGGGGGGAUGUGAAAGGGAGAGAGAAAGGUGGCGAUGUUCACGGUGUAGAGCUCUCAUUAGCUCACUAAUGGGUUUAGUCAGUGGGGUAUCUGUCAGGAAUCAUGCAUUUAUAAUGGGGGUCACUUAUUGGGGGAUGUAUUACAUCAAAACACCUCAACAUGUCAAGGAAAUAGCCUUCAGAUUUAACGGUGAUGUCACGGGGAAUCAUUUGCACUGAGGAGGAAGAGUCCGUGUUAACAAUGUUAAAUUUUGCAAAGAAUUUAGAAACAAUACAUUAUAAAAUACGUCGGAAAACCUAUUUAUUAGAAUGUUAGCAUUCACUUAAUGAAGAACUUAACUUAACUACCUGCUGUCCUGCUUCACACUGGCUAUAAUUUGCCAUAAUUUGGAUCUUUUAUUUUAUGAGUAAUACAUGAUACUUUGGUCAAGAAAAAUGUCUCCUUUUUGGAGAUGAAACUCUUCAGUUACACAGAAGUAUGAUUGAUUAUGCGGAAUAAGUGCUCUCCUUAAUUAAUCCACCCGCCGCUGAGAUUCUUUUCAAAUGUAAAAUGGCAAGUGAUUUUGUGUAGAGUAGAAUUUAAAAACUGUGACCAGCUUAGCCUUACUACUAUACUGUAAAUGCCCCACAAUCUGCUUUUAGAAAUGUUGUAUAGAGGCACAAUGGUGAUUAAAGUGUUAUAUGUUUGUUAUAGUCAAACAGGAAAGAUUUGAAACAGUCAGUGUUGGUAUUUUGAAGCUGUUGUUUCCUGUUUUAUUACUGGAAUUCAGAGUGAGGGGAUACACGUGUAUGUCUAUAUGAAGGUAAUAUGUUUUGGAAGAACAUUUUGUUUUAUUAUUGUGAAUGUUCUGUUUUUGAGUCAAGAGUUCUUACUGUGGGCUUUGUGAUGCCUCUGCUUUUCCGCUAAAGCUUGCUAAAAUGUAUUUCUGACUGACGCUUUGAGCUACCUCCCGAGGGCUUUUGGUGGUUUUAAAAUGAGGGGUCGCUGUGUGUCUGACCCCCAAAACAUAUGCUCCUUGUCCUCUCGCCCUCCACUAUGACGGAGUCCAGACCCGUGAGGGCUAAUGACAGAAAAGGUCAAGGGUCAUAUUUGAGCCAGAAUGGAUUUUCCACAGCUGUACACAGGAGAUGGCACGAGCACAUGACAAAUAACCACUCUGAUAAAAUUGAAAUUAAGAUAUGAAGUCAUAUCAUAAUAUUCUCUGUAGUGUUUUAUUUUUCUUGUCUUUUUUUUUUUUUUUAAACAUCAUUAUCUCAGUUGCUUUUAGCUUUUGGCUGUUUGAGCUUUAAUAAGCACUUAUUGUAUUCAAGAAAUAUGUUAUGCUCCCGCUAGCAUCAGAGCUGCUGGGGAGCAAAUAAGACUCAGCUGUCACUUUCACGUUUGUCAGAAUGUGACAAAUAUGAAUACGAAUGAAAAGGCAAUACCAAAAGACGCCUUUUGAUAGCUGACAAGAUCAUUUAUGAAUAUUUGAGAAAUAUCCCCACUGAAUCCUGGUCAAUUUAUUUCGUCAGAUUUAAUCAAUUUAUUUUUAUUUUUUUUUAAUUUCCCCAGCGUCGUGAAAAACAUUUUAACUGUCAUAUAUCCGUUUUAUGAAUAUGAAUUUGUUUCAGUAUUCCUGCCUUUCUACUAUUUUUGUUGUUUUUUUAUUUAAUCGGAAACUGUGACAUUUAUUCCCCUUUGGCAUCCUGCAAAAACAGGCAGAUCAUAUUCCACUUUAUCUAGAAGUGCAGAGUUUGGAAUAUCAGUUAAGCGGCGAGGUGGUCUCAUGUGACAUGACUCCUACCACACUCCCGUUGGACAUCCUCAAACAAGGAUGAUCGUAAUCUUCACAAAAGUUCCAAACGGCCCUGUAUCCUACCUGAGGCCGCGGCCUUCAGGGCCCCAUCUCAUCCUGAUAAGGGCUGAUUGGUGGCAGUGCAGUCUAACCUUUGACAUCCAGGGACUGUGGGUAAUUGUGAUUAUUUUUUAUUUUUUUAUUUUUUUUGGUCUGGUAGAAGGAAAAAAGAAGAACACAGCCAAGGAGACAAAAGCGAGGCAGGAUCUCACACUUCAUCAGUUAAAUGAUGCUGAACCAUGUUACCUUAGCCAUCCGUGAAAAGAAGGAGACCUUUGACUAAUGUUAAGACUUAAAUAUACAUCUGCAGCUCUCUGUAUUUGUCUAAAAAAAAAAAAAAAAAAAAAGUUAAUAUACAUUUUCCUGGCUUCUAUUGGCAUAAUUGUCUCUGAUCAUCAAUAGUGGCGCUGGUGCAAUUGUUCUUGGUAAUGCUAUGAAGAAACAUAAUGGUUCAUUUCCUGUCCUGUGUGCUACUAUGAUGUGAAAUGGGCAGAGUAGAAAUGACAGAACAUGAUACAAUAAGAUGCCGUCAUUUUUCUUCUUCUGUGUUGUCACUUUAGCUUGCUCACAGCCUCUGGAAAAUGUGUUCUUAGGUUUUUGUCUCUGCUGUUUUUUUAAUCACCUCUGCUGCCAUCUUGAAUGUUGAGUAUCUUUGAUCAUGUGCAGUUGUCACUUGCAUAGCAGUGCUAUCGAGGAAGAAAAAGUAUUCUUUAUCUUUGCUAUCCUGAAUAUGUCCACAUUCCUAUUGUUCAUGACAUCUGUACAAUUUGUAUAUUAUAAAAUGAUUUAUAUUUAAUGUGUA